AUCAGAUCGGAACAUCAGCAACUCAAUUUAAGUCUGAAUUUCUAAUAAAUUUACCUUACUAACAGUAGUUACAGUUAGUAGUUGGAUUUUUGUAGCAUCAGCGACAGUGAAAUAUUAUUUCUUUAGAUACUUUGCCUAAUAAUGAAAGCGAAUAUUUGAUAAGCUUUUGCUUCAACGAGAUGAUGAUUCUUGGCGAUCUUCAAGGAUUCUUAAUAGAUGAGUGGUCAAACUAGACUAAAUUAAAUUGAAAUUGUAAUUAAAAAUAACAGCAUUGAAGCCAUGAGCUGAAUUUCAAUGAAACAUCACAGCACCAUCUAUUGACUGAAACAUGACUGUAAUCAUUAUUCGUCGAGUUAAAAUUUUUGUCAUUAAAGAUAAUUGUUGACAGAUAUGCCAGUAAUAGAAGACGAUGGAAUCAUUGAUAUAGAGGAUAUUAUUCAAGCAAAUGGCGCGGAUGAAAUUGAACGAGUACUUCACAAUGAAUUGAUUAUUCGACCAAAGACCAAUGACAAAGCAACUCGAGAUGAAGAGUAUAGCUUCAACAGUUUCGUUCCAGGAACUCAUAAGAUAUUUGUGAAAACUUGGGGUUGCUCUCAUAAUAAUAGUGAUGGUGAAUACAUGGCUGGUUUAUUAGCUUCAAAUGGAUAUAAAAUCGUAAACACAGAAGAUGAAGCUGAUUUGGUUGUACUGAACAGUUGUACGGUUAAAAAUCCAUCUGAAGAUCAUUUUCGUAAUGCAAUUAACUCGGCCAAAGACAAAAACAAAUUCGUUGUGGUUGCUGGCUGUGUUUCUCAAGCCACACCAAAUGUUGGUUAUCUUAAAAAUUUGAGUAUUCUUGGUGUUCAACAGAUUGACAGAGUUGUUGAAGUUGUCGAGGAAACCUUGAAAGGAAAUAGAGUCCGAUUGUUGGGUAAAAAAAAGGUUAACAGAAGAAAAGCUGGCGGUGCUUCUCUUAACUUACCCAAGAUUCGUCGUAAUCCACUAAUAGAGAUUAUUCCUAUUAGCACAGGAUGCCUAAAUCAGUGUACAUAUUGUAAAACUAAACACGCUCGUGGAGAUUUGGGUAGCUAUCCAAUUGGGGAAAUAGUAAACCGUGCAGUUGAAGCAUUUAAAGAAGGCUGUAAAGAGAUUUGGCUAACCUCCGAAGAUACUGGCGCUUAUGGUAAAGAUAUUGAUUGUAGUUUGCCUCAGCUGUUGUAUGCCUUAAUUAAUGUGAUCCCUGAUGGAUGUUAUCUUCGUCUUGGGAUGACUAACCCGCCAUACAUCAAGGAUUAUCUUGAAGAUAUGGGCAAAAUUCUAUCACAUCAUCGUGUUUACUCUUUCCUUCAUAUACCAGUACAAUCAGGGAGCGACCAGGUUUUAUCUGAUAUGAGACGUGAAUAUUUUCGACGAGAUUUCGAAGACAUUGUUGAGUACCUUCGACAAAGAGUUCCUGGAAUAACAAUAGCAACUGAUAUUAUUUGUGGUUUUCCUACUGAAACUGCAGCAGAUUUUGCAGAGACAUUACAGUUGGUCGCAAAAUAUAGAUUCCCUAUUUUGUUUAUCAAUCAAUUUUACCCAAGACCGGGCACGGUUGCUGCCAAGAUGGAACGAAUACCAGCCAAUCAGGUUAGAGAGCGAACCAAAAAACUGACGGAACUAUUUGAAUCUCAUCAACCAUAUGAAGGACGUAUUGGUCAAAUUUAUAGCGUUCUCGUUACCGAAGAGUCGAGAGAUCACAGAUAUUGGGUAGGACACAACAAAUGUUACGAGCAAAUUUUAAUUCUUAAAGACACAAAUCUUUUGGGUUGUACGAUAAAAGUCCAUAUUGUCUCGGUGGCUCGUUAUUAUAUGAUUGGUGAACCAUUCAGAUUCACAAUGUCUUCCGUAAUUAGUACACAAAAUAUUGCCUUCAUUACCGGACUUGCCCUGGUUUCUGGACUAAUUUUAAUGAAAAUCAAAUUGAAACUCUAAUUGGUACUAUUGGAAAGGAGAAACUAAACGCCAUUCGCAUAUUUAAUAUUGCCUAAUACAAUGAUAAACUCAUCAUUUGGCUGACUAAUUUCUGCAUCAGUCUCUUUGUGCUCAUAUUUUACCAGACUUUUUCGCCCUCUGCACUCUUUUUUCAUCUCUUUCUUUCUUCUCACCCAAUUUCUCCCCCCUUCUUUAUCUCUCUCUACGCUUGCCUUUCUUUCGAUUUUUCUUUCUCUUCGCUUUUCUGGUAGGUUUUGGAUCAUACUUAGGACAAGGACUAAAUGGCAGACCCUUAAAAGAAGGGAGAAAGGAAGAGAGUUGUAGGAAGGAGAGAGAUAAUCAUUUAUCUGCUUAUUUGACCAAAAACUAAUCAAUUGUUGUCAUCAAAAUUUACAUUGUGAACAUUGCAUUUUAACCAUCAUUUUCAUCACCAGUUUACUUUUUAAUUGCCAACAACUCUUCUUGUUCAAUCUAAAUGUGAGAGAUGCGAUUGGAACCAGAAGAAAGACGAAAUUAUGUUUUUCAACAGCUUGACGAUUAUGGUCGGAUUUAUAUGAACUGCCUGGAGCUGUUCGUUUAUAAGCUAUGGUCUCGUCAACGACUUCUAUUAAAGAAUAACAAGAUUUUUGAGGAAAAAUUGAUGACUAUUAGUGAAGUUAUCGGUACUCUAACCUCGCAUGAUGCCAUUGUUGAGAAUAACAAAACUGACUGUGAGAGGUUAGAAAAAAGUAUUCAAAAAAUUCACCGCGUCGUGUUCAUUCCUCCAAAUGCUGAAUCUGAUAUUCACAUGGUUAACGAUUUACUGGUCAAGGAAGUUGAAUGGAUGGGUCUUGUCCCUAUUCAGGGUAGAUCUCAGUUGAUGUCGCCCCUCUGUUCACCUCCUAUUAAUCGAGAGGUUCAUUCAGUCAUUAAGUCACAGUCAUCAGCAUCAGCUACUUCCGCUGACCGCGGACGUUCAAAUGGAUCUGCUGGUGGUUCUGUUCCAAAGAAACCACGAAACAAUCGAACCAAAGAAGAAGAUAAGAAUAAUUGUGAAGGAUCAGAAAACAGUUUACAAAAGAUUCAUCAUGUCGUAUUCAUUCCUCCAAGCAAUGGUCCUGAUCUCCAAAUGGUAAACGAUUUACUGGUCAAAGAGGAUGAAUGGAUGGCUCUUGCUCCUAGUCCAAGUGGAUCUCAAUUGAUGUCACCUAUCGGUUCAGGACAACUUGACCGAGGUAACCAUCAUCCAGUCAUAGUGUCACAGUCAUCAUCAUCAUCAAAUAAUUCUGAGAGUAGACGUUCCAAUGGAUCCGCUGCUGGAUCUGGGCAAAAGAAAUCGCGUAAUAAUCGAACCAAAGACGACAAAGAGAUUGUAAAAUGCUGUGCUCAAAAAGGUUGCCAAUAUAUUGAACGAGAUAAUGCCAAUAAUAUGAGGAAACAUUAUCGUAACUGGCAUGAUGACACUGAAUAUCCGCCUGCUCCAUAUAUCAAAAAAGAAAUGCCAUCAGAGACAGUAAAUCAAUAUCUGCACGAUUGGAUGGUACAAAGAAAAAAGAAACAGCCUCGAGGACCUCGUAGUGCAUCGCGCGAGAGCUUGAGCAUACAGUGUAAUUGAAAUGGACUACUUAUUUUCUGAACUUCUAUUUUGUCUUUUCUACUAAUCUAUUUUUCACCUUUUUAUACUCAUCAUUUUGAAAUUGACUUCAACAACAUUCUUAAAUGACAAAUGAUUAAUAAAUCAUAAAUAUUUAAAUAACAAUGAAUAACGAGAAUAAAAGAUUAAAUAAAUA